CGGUCGGGUCAACUUUGCAUUUCUUUUUUUAUUCUGCUGACUGAUGCGGACCGGCAGGGAGCUAAAAACACGUGACCGGAAGACCGGAUCCUUACUGUACUCGUAUUCUACGGGUAUGAUAACUCAAAAUUGAGAAAAACCAGUUACUAAAGGGCGACUCCAACGUUCUUGCGGGGAAAACGCAGUAGCCCGUGAUGAACAAUUGAAUCCUACCGUCAUUCACCGAACCUCAUUCUUUUUCCUGAAUUUUAUUUCUGUUUUUCAUUUAUUAAUGGCGAUCGGGUCCCCUCUCCCCACUUCUGAUGCGCUGGACGGUUCCUUGGAAGGCACAGUACUCGUACAGUACGAGCAAGUGCCCAUUGUCCCGAAAUCUUGUAUCAAACGUUACACCGCCGCUCGACAACCACCAAUCUUGCCGCCUGAUUCGAUCACCGCGAUCCUAUUCGAUGGUGCCAUCAUGCAGCCCCUGCUCAUACUUGUAAUUUUGUUUUGUUUUUCCACUUGCCUCACUGUCUUUCCAUUCCAGCCUUUCCGUUUUCCACACCCUCCCCCGUCCUCGUAUUUGUGGUGUGUUGGGGGGAGGGUGUCGGAAAAGACACUCGUCUAAAGCUGGGUGGGAAAGAGGUUCAUGGAAUCGAGUGACAGCCGUGUCCCCGUGCCGGUGAUAAGGUACUCGAGCACUAAUUGGCUCACCGCGCGCGACACAACGGAAAUAGACUCAACACAUUGAUUCUGCGG